ACAGCAGAGCAGGAGGGAAAUGAUUAGGCGAGAAGAAGCUGCCAUUAUUAGUUUUGAUCUUCCUCUUCGUUUCUUCAUCGCCGCGCACGCUUUCGCCUCUGCGGUUGCGGCGUCCGACAGAUCUACUCGUUCCUUGUUUGCACUUGAUCAAUAAUUUCUUGUUGUCUUCCCUGAUUAACUGCCGAAGCCCUCACUCGAUUUCAUCGAUUGCGAUCCGUGAUUAUUAGGUGUGCUGUCUUUGGGUUAUUGCCGAGGAGAAUUUUGUUUUUGCGUAGGGGGUUAGGAUUUUACGAGUUUCUGAUGCAUUUGGGGAAGGAGGUUUGGUAAAUGCCUGGUGGCUGAGUUUAAUGUAAUCUAGCCGAGGGCGAAUAAGUUUAUCUUGGUAUUUUAGGUAUUACUGGGUUCUUAGGGUUAGGGCAAGACAAGACUCUUCUUGUGGUUUGCAGCCUGGACUCUUGGCCACAUGGGGCCAUUGUUUUACAUAUUGAUAGCAUUGCCUUGCACGGCCGGGGCAAUGACUUUGGCUAUUUCACACAUUCACAAGCAUUUAUUGAAUUAUACUGAGCCAACAUAUCAGAGAUACAUUGUCAGGAUUAUCUUUAUGGUUCCCGUUUAUGCAUUGAUGUCAUUCCUAGCCCUUGUCCUAAAUAAAAAAGCUAUUUACUUCAAUUCAGUAAGAGAAGUGUAUGAAGCUUGGGUCAUUUAUAAUUUCCUCUCCCUGUGCUUAGCAUGGGUAGGUGGACCAGGCGCUGUUGUGUUGAGUCUUACUGGAAAAGUUCUGAAGCCAAAUUGGUGUUUGAUGACAUGCUGUUUUCCCCCUAUUCCCUUGGAUGGGCGCUUCAUACGAAGGUGCAAGCAAGGGUGUUUGCAGUUUGUCAUCCUCAAACCCAUUUUAGUUGCUGUGACUUUUAUACUAUAUGCAAAGGGGAAAUAUCAUGAUGGGAAUUUCAGCCCAAGUCAAUCCUAUCUCUACCUUACCAUUAUCUAUACAGUCUCAUACUCAGUGGCACUUUAUGCUUUGGCAUUAUUUUACAUGGCUUGCAGAGAUUUGCUUCAGCCAUUCAAUCCAGUGCCCAAGUUCAUCAUAAUCAAAUCUGUGGUAUUUCUUACUUACUGGCAGGGAGUACUGGUUUUCCUUGCUGCAAAGUCUGGACUAAUAAAAGAUACAGAAGAAGCUGCUGAAUUUCAGAAUUUUAUAGUUUGUGUUGAGAUGCUUGUUGCUGCUGUCGGUCAUCUUUAUGCGUUUCCAUACAAAGAGUAUGCGGGCGCAAACAUUGGUCCAAAUCGUGGUCUUGCUGCAAGUCUUGCACAUGCAUUAAAAUUAAAUGACUUCUAUCAUGAUACUGUACACCAGUUUGCACCUACCUAUCAUGAUUAUGUACUCUACAACCAUGACGGUGAUGAAGGAGCUAGAAAGUACAGGGCUCGUACUUUUGUUCCAACUGGACCAGAAAUGGAUACAGUCAGAAGAAACAAGCCCAUAUUUGGGAGCAAGUCAUCGGAUGACAUAGCACUGUCUGCAGCUAGCAGUGCUCGAAAUAGUAGUGGGACAUCAAGCAAUGUGAAAUCUGAGACACAAGAUUCUUCAUUGCUCAGGGGUGUGUCUAACCCUGUCUCAGUGCCGUAUGAUUUUAACCUCAUUGAUAUAGAUAUUUCCGAUCACCCGAAAGUGCCACCUGCAACUGGGAUAAGAUGACAUGUUUGUAUGAAGUUGUAGAGAAUCUGGUACUGUUUGUAGUCAUCUUGAUAUUAGAGUUGUAAGAUUUUUGUGAGGCUAGAAGUUGUAUAGAUAAGCUUGUCUUUGGCAUCCAUGAAAAUUCACUUCCCACAGGAACUGUAUUCACUUAAUGUCUUUACGUGCUAGUUGUAUUACUGGCACAGACUUUAUUCUUGACUUGCCACUAUAUUGAAAAUCGACAGUGUUAUUGUACAUGAAAUCAGUUUCAGAGAUUUGAUUCUCAACACUAA